CAAAGGUCCUGCAUGUUGAUCAUAAUCUGCACGAUCAGGGUCGCAAUUGAUUGAGUCUAGGGUUAGGGUUACGUACAUACUGAUGUUUUUUUACUCCUUCGUCUAGACGCUUACUUGGCACAUAUCACGACCGUAGAUUGCCUACGAGGACAGACAGAAGUCGGUCGGUGUAACACUACAAGAGAGACUGCUAUCUCAAUGGUAUCAUUCCAAUGUCACAGUUCGUAUCUGCUAUCGCUCAUUUUUCGAAACCCUUGAUAACUCUAACACACCCACAAUCACCAGGCUGCAGUGACGUCGUAAAAAAACCAAAACUCAACCAACAUCACGGUUUCUGUCAUGCAGCAUUCGACUGCAUAGACUGCUCGACCACCUUCCACAGCCCUGCCGAGUUUCAGGGACACACGUCGUGCAUGACCGAAGCGGAGAAGUACCAGAAAAGUUUGUACAAGGGUCCUAAAACGGUUGGGAGCUGGGGGACAGCGCCUCGAGGGAAUGGAUAUGGACGCGGUGGGUUCCAGGGCCGUGGGGGAUAUCAAGCGCAACCAACUCGUUAUCAGGCUACUGGUGCAAACGGGACUCCACUAGGCACGCCUCAGCGCAUGUCACCUAUAACUACCACACCUCCAGAGCCGUCAGUCGUACCACCGAAUCCAGUGACACAUCAGCCUUCAAAAGUCUCAGUCUCAGCACCGGAAACAGCUGAGAUCACAUCUAAGACAAAAUCAAAGUCCGAAUCAAAACCGAAGGACAAAAAGACAUCGGAAGAUACCACUACUGCAGAGUCAUUACCUGCGCCUUCAUCUCCAUCGCCUCAAAAGCCGGAGAAGAAGAAAAAGGACAAGAAACACAAAAAGUCCAGUGACGAUCGGCCAGACGCUAUAGAGUCUAUUGUCGACAAUACCCCGGCACCGGCCGAGAUAUCAGGAGAAAAGGAAAAGAAAUCCAAGAAAAAGGAAAAACGGAGAGCUGCUGUUGAGGGCGAGAAUUCGGAGAGCCAAGGGAUCAAGGACGAAGAAGGCGACGAGAGUGGGUCAAAAUCAAAGAAGCGGAAGAGGGACGAUGGAACUGUAGAUUCCGGCGCGGGCAAGAGUGAUAAGAAGGAAAAAAAAAGCAAGAAGAAGGAUAAGGUUGAUGAAACACUAACUAAUGACGCGUCGACGGAUACGUCUACGCUAGUCGAGACGGAGGGGGAUGCGAAAACGAAGAAGCGGAAAAGGGACAAGUCAGAAAAGGUUCCAAAGGAUGGCAUAGACGUCGACGUAACGCCUACAGACGCUCCAUCUGUUGCGCCUGUGGAAAAGAAGAAGAAGAAGAAGCACGAGAGUGCGCCCACGGAACCAGUUGCUGAUGUUGAAGCGUUGGCAAUGGAUGUUGAUGCAGCUUCGCCGACUCACGAUGAGAAGAGGGAGAGGAAAAAAGAGAAGAAGGCAAAGAAGGAGAAGGAGAGGAGCUCCAAAAAAUCCGACAAGGCUUCGGUAUAAUGAACUAUUUUGUGGAGUAAAUCUACUUAUGAGAUUUGGUUUUGAGUUUGGUGAUGCCUACCUUCCUCGGCGUUGGUGCUAGCCAUUAGAGGAACGUUGGCAAUAUACCAUGGUACACGUCAACGCGGGAAGCUUUGA